AUGCAUGCUUUAAAGAAACAAACUAAUAUAGGUGCUCUUUUAUUACAGUGGUUUUUAAUAGGCUUUAUUCUACUAAUGCAUACAGUACAUGGAAAAUUUACUGAAGAUGAAAUAAAUAGGAUAUUAAAGACGGAAAUAGAUAGAAUUAAAGAGAAAACUAUAGUAGUAAAUCCAAAUGGGCCACUGAGUCCGCAGAAACUGUGUGCAUACAAAAAAAAUGGAUAUAUACACAACAAACGUUUCUUUGCCCCAGAGAUAAACACAUACUUUAGUCUUAUAGAUAAUAACAGUGGUAUCUGCUAUAUACGAGAUCCAACUAGGGAUAAAGUAUAUACAAAAGAAAAAAACGGGAAAAAAGUGUCCAAGUACAUUAUAGAAUAUCAUAAGAAACUCAUAGAAAUGUUUCCCUCUCCUAAGCAAAAAAUAAGUAUUUUCCCUGCAGAAGAAUGUACAGAUUCAUUUACUCUAUUUCUGAAUAGCCCUCCUGUAAAAGAGCAUGCUUAUAUGAUUCUCGCAUCAUUACUACUACAGGCAGAGGGAAUAAAUGUUCCUCUCUCACUUAAUGGAGCUAAUGGUAACGGCCAGACACUUGUACUGAGUGCUGCAGACAGAAACACUGUUGUUUUCUCUCUUAAAAUGAAUAUUUCUUUUUCUUUUACAUUGGGCAGCGGUAGUUCUAAGUCAGAAGAAACUAAGGAUGUUUAUCAAGAAUCAGCAGCCGGCAUUAUUAGGUUCUUCAAAAACUGCACAGAUAAUUCAAGAAUACAGAAGGGAGGGGUAUGUGAAGAAUCAACAUUAGCAGAUGAGUUUCAAAAUGGACUGUUUAUGAACAGGGCGCUGUUUCUUAUUUCCUCGUAUAUAUUUGAGUAUAUAAACGAUGAAAAGGGAAUGAGCAGCUUUAUUCAGAGAGUAUACGAAUUGGCAUGCAGUCAAUACUAUAAUGUAAAAAAAUUAAAAGAUUCUAUAAAAGCAGGAAAAAUCGAAGCUUUUUUUGAUAGAUAUUUUGUAUUCAAAGAAAAUCAUUUAAAUUCAGAAUAUUCCUCGCAGAGAGAAAAAAAGAGCUCAGAUCUGAUGAUUGAAAUACAAGACAGCAAUGAAUUGCCUCUUAUUAUGAUUUUAUUUUUAAAAUCUAAUUAUGUUAUAGAAAAAGGCAGUAGAAAUAACACUGUUUUUGGCAAAUUAAGUACUGUACCAAUUUGGAGCGAAUACUUCUAUAAAAAUCAUUCUGGUCACAAUGUUGAAAACAAAAAAAGUAGAGUGCAGAACAUUAUUGACAAUAUACUAGUGGAUAAGAAUAAAAUAGAUCCUGAAGUAUUGAGAAACUGGAAUCAAAAGAUUAAAACUUUAGAUAGCUCAAAUAGAAAUAGAAAAGAAUUCAAAAGCCCAUAUUGCAUUAUAGAUGUUUUAAGAUUUAUUUCUUAUGCAGAAGGCCAUCCAAACCAAUAUAGGCUAGCUAUAGAUGGUAUUAAAAAUAUAAUGACGAAUAAUGGCAAUCCCAAUAAGGCAAUAAAAACAUUACAGAGAGCCAUAGCAAAUUUAUUUACAGUUAUAGAUGCUGGAAAUAGACAAGGUGGCCUGAUUGUAAAAAACCAGUCAACGGAUAAUACUGUAGAGGUAGAGUUGAUAAAUACAGAAAUAGUUUGGGAUCACUCUAAUAUUAAAGUAUUUGGUGAACUAAAGGUCUUUUACCGAUACAAUGAUGAAAAAGAAGGAAUAUCAAUCGAGGUUUACCGCGGAGUCCCAGUAAAAGUUUCUCUCAUUUCUCCCAUAAAAAAAGUUAUUGGCGCAGCGCAGAGUGACUCGUUAAAAUACAACAGUGAGGGGUCUCCACCACAAAAUGAUAUCAUCAGAGAAAGCAUGCAAGCAAUACAGACAGGAGAGUUAUCUUUCGCACAGAACAGCCAUGAACAGCUGGCAAUAACAGACAAAGAUCUGAUUAGGAUGGAAAAAACUGGGUUUAGGUAUUUAAAUAGACUGUUCCUUCAUGGAAUCAUCGAUGGAAAAGACUGUAAAGCAAAGUUGGUCAGCCUUCUUGUUGGGUAUAUGCAUGAUGUAGAAAAAGAGCGUGCUCCAGGAGAUGCAGUGACGCGCUUUUUACACAAUAUACUGGGAAGCGAGCAGUUUGAUGAUGAAAAUAUGCAGAAGAUACUUUCUACUAGUAUAGCAUAUAAGAUGGUUUCAGAUUUUAACUGCUCUGAUAUGCUAGUCUAUAAAGAUGAGUAUAAAAACAGUUUGUUUACAUUUAUACUGAACGAAAAAGUUCUAAUGCUUAGAUAUCUAAUAUACAAUGGAACGUGUUCUGAUAUUUUGAACUGGAUGGCUCUCUAUGUACAAAUACGCAGGCUAGCAAGCAGGCGCCGUCUGGAUAUAAUAUUUAAGAAGCUUCCCUCUGAAGAUAUAGUCUGGCUGGUCAAGCGCUUGUCAUCAGACGGGCGCGUUAAAACCAGCAUUAUAAGUCUAAUAUGCAUUUUGAAAAAAGGAGAUAAUGAGUCUACUGAUACAUCGAUUUUAAAUCAUCAUAAUAGUAAUUUUAUAUCAAUUCUUAUUGGUGCUGCAUGCCAGAGAGAAAAUUUAAUGCCUUUAGUUCCAUCCAUGUUGUUAGAACUUGAUCUUGAAAAUGAAUUUAUAGGUUAUACAGAGAUGCACACCAGUAGAUACUAUGAAAACGCCAUUUGUAAACUGGAAUCGAUAAAAUACAUGAAAAAAGAAGAGAGAUUUGUAAAUAAUCAAAGCAAAUUAAUCAAAAAUUAUAAAGAAAGCCUAGAACGGUGCAUUGAAAGUGAGAAAAACCACAUAUAUAAGCGGGCUGAUGCUAUGUAUACAAAAGUAAUAGAGAAAUGGAAAAAAUUAUGGGUUUAUGAAUGUACUGAGUGA